CAUGGCGGGUGUUUCGUUGCAAGAUCGUGGAUGGUACUUGACAGGGGAAGGGAUUGCCCAGUGUACACAAACUGGCAAGUCAGAUGUAGACUCCAUCAUCAAGUCUGCUUUAGAUAUUGACCUUCGUGAGAUUGGCAAAGGAUGGCUGCCAGAGGACGUAAACAGAGGAAAGGCAGAUUAUGUUCAGGGUCCUGGAGUGUUGCAGCUUCAGAAGAUACGGAAUGUUUCCGCACCGAAGGAUAAUGAGGAUUCCCAGGCGGCACCCCGUAUUUUCAAGUUCAGCCUCACGGACGGACAUGUCACAUGUAAUGCCGUGGAAACUGAGAACCUGAAUGGAGUCAGUAUGAGCACUGCCCCUGGCACCAAGAUCUUCCUGAAGGUUACGGUGGAUGUCGAACACGGGUUCCUGCUCCUCAACAACAAGAAUGCCAAAUCUCUAGGAGGUCGGGUGGACAAGCUGGCGGAGGGAUGGGAACUAAAGCGGAAACUGGCGAAGCAGAGUCGUGCCACAUUCAACACAGAUGGGGGACCGCCACUAUUUGUUCCAUUUGGUCAGAGAAUCUCUACUGAUGCAUACAAAGCACAGCCUAAAAGAGACAACUUCAAAUCUCUGGAGACCCUUAAGGGGGACAAGGAUAAAACUCGUGCGGAGGAAAUUGAGUUUGAGGCCCAGCGGAAGGCCACAAUCGCCGAGGCUUUGCAGGCUAAGGAGGAUGGGCUGACAAAAAAGUUUGGGGGAGGUACCAAGGUAAAUGACAGAGAUAUUGCAAAAAUCGUUGAGAUGGGAUUUCAAGCUGAGGAUGCCACGUCAGCAUUAAAACAAAGUGGAGGGAACUUCCAACAGGCCCUAGAUUCUCUGCUCUCAGGGAGGGUCCUGCCUGGGCGGAGCGGUUUUGGAAGAGGGGGUCCAAACAGGCAGGGGAGUUACGAGUCUGACAGGGGGAGAGGCGGAAGACGAGAACGGAGAGACGACGACACAGGAGGUGGUGGCAGAGGGAGACGGGGCCGAGACCAAGAGGAGACAGGGGACGCCAGCAGUAGACCUUCAGGGCCUGCAACUCUGUUUGACUUCCUCAACAAGAAAAUACCUAUUGGCGACACAAAAGGGGAGAGCAAAUCCAUGAUCACCAAAUCUACCUCAGAUCAACUACCCCAGAAUGACACAAGGGAUCACAGAAACUAUUCACAGACCAAUAUCGACCAGUCUUACAGGUCCAAACAGGCCGAGCCUCCACGAUUCUCCCAGAAGCCUCGGCAACAAGGGUCGGGAGGACAAGGACAGUUCAACAGAGGUCGUAACUAUGACAACCAGUCAGGGUCAGAGGGCUCAGAAAGGUCACAAAAUGACCAACGACCUAAAACUUCUACGAGUGAUAGUAGAAAUUUUGAUAAAAGAAAUAUGGAUAGAAGUUAUGUUGAUAGGAAUGAUAGAAAUAAGGGUAGAGGUGAUAAUGGUUUUAGUGAUAGGAGAAAUAAUUUUAAUGAGGGGGAUGGUCGACGAGGCGGGGGAGGCGGUAGGGACGGAAGGAGUGAGAGGGAUAGGGACUUUAGACCGGGAGAUAGGCGGAACCAGUAUGACAAUCAGAAAAGUGCUAAUAACAGUUCAAAACCAAGUGCCAACAAUUAUAACCAGCGAUCGAGAGAGGACCAAACAGACAAUAAAAGCUCUAGUCAGAGGUAUGAGAAACCAGACGAUAGCCAAAAACGUGAUUCACAGUUUAGAAAACCAGAUAGAACUGACAAAGGAACCGAUAGACCGAAAAACCAGCAGAAAAAUCAAAACCAGAAACCAGACUCUUCACAAAAUAGAGAUUCUUAUAAUGAUCAAAAAUACAAUAAUAGGCAACAGGACUCCUAUUCAAAGGAAGGUAAUUUGAGGCAGAAAUCUCAGUCUAACAAGGGAGGUAAUUCACAGACUUCAGAUGACAUAAACAAUUUUUCGCAGAGUUAUCCCCAAGUUGUGCAAACCAGUUACAAUGACUAUAACAUGAACAACAAUGCUGUUGCUAGCAGUUGUGCUGCACAAUUCUCUCCAGAGUAUGUCUACACAGACAUCCCACAGGCUGUGAGCCCCACAAUGACACAAUUCAGCAUUAAACAGGGUGACCGUGUGAUGGCAAGAUACUGGGAAGAUGGCAAUUUUUACAAUGCCCAGAUAGCUGUGUUGCCCCGGGACAUGAGCACAUGCGUGGUGACCUUCACUGAGUAUGGGAACACAGAAGAGGUCCGCCUCACAGAUAUCAGACCACUCCCACAAUUGAUGGCCCAGAUGGGAGGCAACAUGAUGCAGCCGGACAUGAGCAUGCCCCCACCCCAGAUGUACUAUUCAGCCCCAGCCCCUCUGGGCUCCCCUGGGGGUAUGGAGGAAGUAAUACAGGGAAUGGGGAGUAUGGAGUUUCGACGGGGUGGUGGCGGGCAGCCCUACCAGGCCCGAGACAAUCGACCUCAACAGCAAUACUAUCAACCUCCUCCACAGCGGAGAUGAGGGCAUCAGGGACUGGGUGGGUGAGUGAAUGCAAGGGUUGUUGAUAAAGGAUGGGAAAAGGGCUGAAUGAGGUGUGGGCAUUCCUUCAGGGCCCGGAUACACGACCACAGCAGCAGUACUGUCAGCAAUCACCACAAAAGAGAAAGGCACUGGAUGCAUGGAUAUGUUUUUUCGUGGGGAGGGGU